GUGGCCUGGCAGGAGUGGCUGAGCCUCCGGGCGGCCUCACGCGCCGCAGGCCGGGCCGAGGUCCUGAGGGACCUCUUCGGCGCCUUGGACGCCGACGGGGACGCGCUCCUCAGCGCGGAGGAGCUGCGUCCCGUCGGGGACCUCGCGGGCUUCUCGGGCGCGCAGGAUGCAUGGGCGGAGGAGUUUGCGCUUCUGCGAGCAGCGCUGGGCUGCGAGGAAAACGACGCUGGCAUCGCGUUUGAGGGCUUCUGCCAAUUGAUGGACUGUGGUGCAGGCUGCGGGAGCGCCUUCUUCGACGCCGGGCGCGACACGGCGGAGCUCCGGAGCCUCCUCUCGGACUCUCGGCCGCGCGGCUGA